UUCUGUUAUAAAUAUUGUGAAGUGUUAUACUAUGUUUGAAAGCUACAACCACAAAUCAUGGAAAAAAUAGCAAGAAAUUUUGCUAAGCCAGGCGUUGUGAAAAAUUUGAAGACCUUUCUUCAAUGCACAACUUUUUGCACUAUUUGUUUUGAUACCAAAGAAGAUAAGAAAGAAGAAUUACUACAUUUGGACCAUUCUCUGGUAACAGAAGACAUAGAACAAGAAAAGAUAACUCUUAGAGAACUACUGGAAGCUAUAUUUGGAAAUACUCGAGACUUAGUUACAAGUGAAUACAUCUGCGAACCAUGCAAAUCGUUAGCAUAUAGCAGUUAUGCUUUUAUUCACAAAACCAAAAGAAAUGUCCACAUCUACAGUGAUUAUCUCGAGCAACUUCUCAAGGAGACUACAGAACUGUCGGUAAGUUUCAGCAAUGAUUGGAAAAGAGCUGUGAUUGUUUUAGACAAUUAUGAGAAAAUAGAAAAACCUAAAUCCAAAGAGGUAGAAAAAUUUAUUUGUGAUAAGUGUGGAAAAGAUUAUACACGGAAGAGUUUUCUGAUAAAACACUUUAAGAGACAUAAAACUGAUUUGAAAAGUUUUAACUGUCCGCACUGUGAUAUAUGGCCAUGCAUACACGAGGAAUACAUACUAGCCUUCAAUGAACAGCGGCAGUUCAAAACGAAACCUAUGUCUUGUUUAUGUGGCUAUAAAUUUGGACAGACCCUGCCUUACCUUAUUACUCAUGUUAAUAAAGACCAUUUGGAUAUAAAACCAAAUACUUGUAAAUGUGGAAAGUCAUUUUACUUAGAAAAGCAGUAUUGGAAACAUUUUCAAUACUGUCAUAAUAAUAAGCAUGCUUGUAAAACAUGUUUCCGAAAGUUCCCAAAGAUAAAGCAUUUAGAGACACAUAUGGAAACUUGUGUUGUAACUGAAAAACCGUUUAAAUGCAGUAAAUGCCCGAUUAUCUCAGAAAAUAAACUUAUGCACCAGUUACACACAGUUACACAUACUAGGAGUUACCCUAAAACACUUUCAAAAGUCAAAAGGAGGAACAGAAUAUACAAAUGUCUUAUAUGCGAUAAAGUUCUGAAAACUAAGUUGGAAUUACGGUCACAUAUAAACAACAAGCAUGAAAAGAAGCCUAACUUAUGUUUGUACUGCAAUAAACAGUACAGUUCUAGACAAGAAUAUCUACAACAUGUUCAAAGUGAAGAACACAAAAACAACAUACCAUAUGCUUUUAAACACCACUGUACUCAUUGCGACUACUCAGCGAAUACUCUAGACAUGCUUAAAGCGCAUAUAAAUAGAAUUCAUCUGAAUAUCCGACCAUUCGAAUGUGAACAUUGCCAUAAACGGUACUUCGACAGUACUCAACUGAAAAACCAUGUUAAAACUCACACCGGCCAGCGGAAAACUAAAGUCUGUGACAUAUGCGGAGCUAAUUUAGCCGGCCCGACAGCUUUAAAGAAGCAUAGAAGACUACAUACUGGUGAAAAUCCUUAUUCCUGUCCGUAUUGUGAAGUAAAAACUAACUGUGGGAGUAGUUUAAAGACUCACAUAAUGCGAAAGCAUAUGGAGCCAACUAUACAGUGUCCGCUUUGCGACCUCAAGUUCCAUACAAUGAAUAACGCUAGAGGACAUGUGAGGAAGACACAUUGGAAGAGUAAGGAAAAGUUUGAUUAUACCAAGCUAAAGGGACUGUCGCCGGACGAUUAUGAUUUCUUUAGAGAUAGGAGAAAGGCUGUCGUGUAA